AUGUCUGUGCACUCAUCCCCUAUAGAUAAAGUUGCCGCCAACGAUGACAUCUUAACCCAAAUUCUCAUAAAGUUACCAGUAAAAUCACUCCUGCGAUUCAAGUCCGUAUCCAAACACUGGCUCUCUCUCAUCGUCAAUCCCCAUUUCGCACGUUGCCGGAAUCCCAACUCCAGCUUUGUCUCCGGCCUAUUCUUGUACUCGUCCAAGAGACGUCGUAACCCAGAACUCAAUUUCAUCCCUCUUCAAAACAAUGAAAAUCCAAGCGACGACGGUGAUGAUGCUUACUUAGCACCUCUCACGACGAUUCCAAGUCUAUCACGUAAAGAAAUUUUUAGCUCAUGCCAUGGAUUGUUAUGUUGUUCUAGCUAUUCCAACCUUGAAGGCGACUAUCAAUUGCGCUAUCAUAUCCUCAAUCCCACCACCAAGCAAUUCAAGUCUCUUUCUCAACCCCGUGAUGGCCAUAAGGGUUUCAAUUUAGUGUUUGACCCGUCAAGAUCACCUCACUACAGAGUUGUCGGCGUUUGGCGUGUUGAUUGUGAUGAUUUAGUUUUGUCGAUUGACUCUGAUCAGAACAAGCUUUAUUAUCAAAUUGAGAUUUACUCAUCUGAGACCGGUUCUUGGAGGGCUUGUGCCGAACCUUUCACCGCUAAUCGAAAUUCCCAAUUUCAUAGCGGGGUCUAUUGGAACGGUGCGAUUAACUGGUUCAACACAUUUGGGGACUCAUUGUAUUUCAACAUGGAGGAUGAGCGUGUUAGAACUAUUCCAAUGCCUCCGAUUCCUCAUGGGGAUUGGAAAGGGAGGCCAUUUGGGUAUUACGGGGAGUCGAACGAUCAUUUGCAUUUUGUUGAGAUAUACAAUCCAGGGAUUCAAUUCGAUGUUUAUGAGAUAGAAAGAGAUUACUCUGGCUGUUUUGUGAAGUACCAUGUCGAUCUUGGUUCAGUUGGAGCUGCGUUUCCCCAGAUGAUGCAGAGGCUCUCGUGGAACCCAAUGUAUUACUCGUUCGCUAUACUUUCGCUUGUACGAGAGAAAAAAGAUGAUGACUCGUUUAUGGUGCUGCACAUACCGGGUAAGAUUUUACGGUACAAUCUUGGUGAUAAGAGUUUCGAGAAGAUAUGUGAUGUUUGUGCAGAGCAUUGCGAUGGAAUGACUGCUUGUUCAAUGAAUUACGACCCAUUUGUGAUGACCUCUAGAAGGGGUUUUGCUACUAUGAUCUGUAUGCGGUCAGCAGAGAUGGAUGAGGGUGGUCUGAGCUUGGUUGCUGCUGUGUUGGUGUGUUUGCUGCUAAAUCUAGGUGUUUUACUUCUUGGUUGCUUAGCUAGUUGUGCUAUGUUGCCUAGAAGUGUGGGAAAAGAGAUUGAUAAGAUCCAAGCAGCUUUCUUCUGGGGUGAUUCUGAGAUCAAGAAGAAAGUCCACCUGAUGAAAUGGUAG